AUGGCCACGACAGUCCCACUACCAGCAACCCCCGAGUCACUCGCCUACCAACUCCGCAUCGAGAGACGCAUCACAUCUCUCCUCGCCCUCCUCCUCCUCCUCCUCCUCGCUCUCUCUCAGCUCCUGUCGAAUCUCUUCCGCGACGGCGGCCAAGGCAUUCCGAUGCGGAAAUCACGCCAACAUCAAGGUCGCGAUCCACUACACUGUCUGGCUUCCAUGCUCGAUUCGCAUUCGGAAGACGGAGAUGGAAAUGGAAAGGAAGUCCUGCUCCCCUAUGGUGUCGUCCCCGGAAUCAUGGGCAUGUUGCUGCCUCUGAAGAUCUCCCCCGAUGGUGGAGAGGAUGGAGAGCGGGUGACGACGUAUGUUCUCUCUCUUCUUCCCUUUCUCUCUUCUCUCCUCCAACACACGAUCUGAAUCACCUGAACACACGGACUGAAUUAGGCUGACUUGAUUUCUUCACAGGUGGAUGACCGGCUCCCUCCCCAUCCAUUACCCCAAAUCUCUCCUCAAUGCAGACCCGGAACUGCGAAGACUACAUCUCGAUCUGACGGCUGCCAUGAGGAGGGAUUUCUCUCGUACCAGCACGGCAGAGGGAAGUGGAAAGAGAUUGAUAGCAGUUUGGAAUUCUCUGAGACGUCCUGCGAGGAUUCAUGAUGAUAUCGCGGAGAGGAUCGAUGCUGCUCUGGAUUUGGGCCAGAAGGGCAGGUGGGACUCUUGGGUGGAGACGGUGGCUUGCCGGUGGACAUUGAAUUGGACUGCUUCGCUGCCGUUGGCGCAUGGAUGGACCAAGAGGAAGGGAGUGGAUUGUGAUGCCUGGAGAUUACAAAGGGAAGCUCUCGGGGGUUUGAGGAUGCUUUUGGGUGUGGUAAGAGGCAUGGAGGAGUUUUGUGCUUGGAAGGAAGAGGGAGACGACAGUGGUGAAGGGAGGCGGAGGGCGAGGAUUGACGUGAGUGCUCUUCGAAUGCCUUGUCCACUCUCUGUUCUGUUCCUACAAGAGUCAUCGACUGACUGGAUCAAUAUAAUAGACACCCACCUCCCUCUCCAUCGCCCGCAAACUCAAAACCACCAUCUUGCAACGCAUCGAAGAGCUCGCUCACGAAGAAGCCCUCUUCACCGUCCAUCUCCUCCACCACCUCCAUCCAUCAACCCACUGCUCCCAUCCCCAUGACGAAGACGACGACAGCACCUGUCCACCCGCUUUCAUCCCCGGCGCCACUACCGUUCCUCUCUUCCCCGAGGGCAACACAACCACACGAUCCAACCGCCCUUUCCUCCUCCAAUCUCCCUCCUACCUCUACGGCCUCCUCCCCGUCCCCGGGCGGCCCGAAACACAAGAGAAACUGCAUUUCUACGCCGGAUCAUACGCCGCGGCCAUCUGGGCGGAACUCUUAGCGGACAUGGUCGUUCAGGGUAUCAAUCAUGUCAUUGAAAGGGAAUGUGCGGGUGUCGUAGGGAAGAGUCGGAGACUUUUGGAGGACGUUCUCAGGGGCGUGGAAGAGGGACGGAUCGAGAAUGAGAGCUUGAAUGAUGGAUGGCAGAUUUUGGACCAGACGCGGGAUUUGGUCCGGGAAGGGUUUGGAUCUGCGCAUAAGGACGAGGAUCGGGAUGGGAAUGAGAGUAGUGCUGCCCUUCUCACCGGGAUCUUCGCCGCGAGGACUCGACGACACGAUCCUACUGGGCGAUCCCACGACGAUGACGACUUGGAUGAGGAAGAAUGCCACCAACUCCUUCACCGCACGACCUCCUCUUCCUCCUCCGACGAAGACGACGAUUCUCCUCUCCCUCCUCUCACCCCCACGCAACGAAAUCUCUGCACCUUCCUCCUCUCCGCCUCUCAUUCCUACUCCGCCCCCCUCUCACAACGCUUCCUCUCCUCUUCCCCGCAAGACAAGAAAGCCGGCCUCCAGAAUCUCCCCAUGGAUCGCGUGUGGAAGGGCAAGACGUGGGAUUUGGAGUGGAUGAGGGGGAGGAUCACGCCCGAGCUUGAGGAGAGGGAGAGUGAUGACGGGGUCGAGGAAUGUCUGUUCUCCGCUCUCCGUCACGGCAGAGGGAAUGACAAUGGGAAAGGAAGAGGGGGCAUUUGGGAUGAUACGGAGACGUAUACCCUCGCCAAGGGCAGCGUGUGGAUUUUCUGGUUAAAGGGUUCGAGGCCUGCGUGGAUCGUUUCGGGAGGAGAUGGAGGGGAUCGUGGAGAGGAUGAGGACGGAGAGGAUGGUAGUGGUAGACAGGGAAGAAGAAGAAGGACAAGAGAGGUUUUAGGAGGAGGAGGAGAGGAGGAUCUGGGAAUCUCGGUGGAUGAUAUUAUUCGGAUUCGAGGCAGGGGGAGGAAGGUGGGGGAGUAG